UUGAUCGUUUUCUUUGAACAAAGUUUGUUGGAGUUUUGUUCGAUAUGAAGUGAGCAAUGGCAGCCGUAGACCCGUUGUCCCUAUUGAGGGAGUUCACCAUAAAUAGAAAGGAGAUCAAGGAGAGAGCAGGGCAAGUGAUCUUUGAUAACACCUCCUUUCCCAAGACUGCUAAAACUAACUAUGCAAUCUACCGUACUGGCAAGGAACCGAAAGACUUCUACAGUCUAGAGUCUCUGCUGUUCCUGUUGAAGAAUGUCUCGCUAUCUCACCCUCUCUAUGUCCAGAAGGCCGUGUCUGAGAAUAUCCCCGUGGUUCGUCUGCCUGACAGAAGAACACUUCUUCGGUACCUAGGAGGACAGAUAGAUACCUCCGCUAGUAUCGAUAAAGGAGCUCAUUUAGAACUUGGUCUGCCAACUACUGACGCUGUUCCUACGAAAAGGCCCGGAGAUGAUCUUGUUAGCCCAGCCAAGCGAGUGCGGUCUGAGGCUGAAGCAUCAGCUGCUGAACCUGUCUCCGAGUCCAGGCCACAAGACAAGAAAACGUCUCUCCGCGAUGCUAUGUCUUCAGAGAGGAUUGAGGCGCUGCGGAGGAAGCGUGUGGCUAGGAAGCGUGGCGACCAGGCAAAGCCUGAUGAAGAUGGCGGUGUGUCAAAGAUGCGCGCUCCUGGCCAACCAGAUGUGGAUGUCGCUCGAGAUAUUCUGCCUAAGGAGCGCCCUGGCCGAACACGAAACAGCUGUCUUCAGAGCUCUGGAAAGACUUUCACGAACGUCUUGACAAUUGUGCAGUCCAUUCGAUCUCGGGAAGAGACGGACACACGCAAACAAGACACAAGCAAUGGUGCAGCUGCAGCUUCCAGCCAGCAGAAAAAGCCACAGCAAGUUGGAUACAAUCGUUACCAGCAGGAAUCGUUCAAAGAUAAGCAUGAUACAGAAGGUUUCAAGAUCGACACCUUGGGCUCUUUCCAUGGUAUGAAUCUCAAAUCUGUAGCGGAGGGUCAGCAGUCACGUCAGUCUCACUCACACUCGUCGCGUUCGUCUUCGGCACCUUCCGCAUCACCCGCCCCACACCAGCGCAGUGCACAGCCUGCACCCGGCCCCGACAAUGCGGUUCAACGUUCACUUCAUCCACCGAAGCGAGAAUCCAGAACACCUAUCAUUAUUAUUCCUGGAACACCAACUUCUCUCAUCACUAUCUACAAUGCCAAGGAUCUACUGCAGGAUUUCAAGUUUGUGCCCAGCGAUGAGAGAAAGAAAGCAGGAGCACGGCGAGACAAUGAAGUGUUGAUCCAGAGAACGCGUGCGGCCAACCCUGGCUCAGGAUCCAGCUCCAUAUCCGUCCCAUAUCGCGUUACUGAUAACCCACAGAAACUGUCGGCGAAUGAGUGGAACCGCGUUGUGGCAGUGUUUGUUCAAGGCCCGGCUUGGCAGUUCAAGGGCUGGCCACUGCUGGGUGAGGAUAACUCACCUGUGGAGAUCUUUUCGAAAAUCAAAGCAUUUCACAUGAAGUAUAAUCUGGCCAAAUUAGAUGCUAAUGUACAGAAAUGGGAUGUAUCCAUCUUGGAGCUUCAUGCAACACGUCGCCAUCUUGAUAAGCCAACUAUGAUGCGCUUCUGGGAAGGUCUGGAUAAGUUCACGAAGAAGAACAUGGGCCACCUUCGUCUGUGAUGAGUAGUCGCCGCUGUGUGGGAAACUGCCCUCUCUCCCACUUGCCCAUCCCGAAAUUAUGUGUAUAUUAUUUGUUCAGCUACUGUACAUAAUGAGCCGCUGGUAUAAUAACUGAUUUGUGCAUUUUUCCUUGUGCGUUCGGUCAACUAGUGUACAUCUGGUAUGCUAUACACUGUGUUUUCCUAUUCAUACUAGUAUCGAUAACAUGCAAACGAAACACAAACACAUUAUGAAACAGCUGCAUACUUGACCAAGUUUCUUCAUAAAAAUUUCCUUUGCUUAGAGGAAGUGCUUUCACCGAUCUUUGAAUCGUCUCUUCUGUUGUACUGUCGACAUGUGCUGUCUGCAUUGGUCAUGAAACCACUUUUUGUUGCAUAUUAUUUUAUCACAUUAAUGAUCACACCAUUCUUCAGUGUUGCAAUUAUUUUUGGACAUGGAAAUUCAAUACCAGUACGUCAACGCGACGCGU